AGGAGUAACAGAAAGGAAGAAGCUAUGUCGGCUGUUAUUGUUUUAUGAGGCGGCCAGAAACCCGAGCGUCGACUUUUUCCAAUUUUAUUUUUUAUUCAAGACGGAUUCUUUUAACUGACGCGAAAAAACAUGGGUGCCGGUUCGAGCACCGACGAGGAAAGGGAGCCGCUUCUUGUCCCUUCCCACCCGCAAACCAAUAGUCCGCCUGUAAACAGCAGAGUGUACGGGAGGAGAUGGGUGGUCCUGACCCUGUUCUCCCUCCUGGCCCUGAUGCAGGGCAUGGUCUGGAACUUCUGGGGUCCCAUCCAGAACUCGGCCGUCCGGGCUUAUGGCUUCACCAAGGCCGACAUCGCGAUGCUGGUGCUGUGGGGCCCGGUGGGCUUCGUCCCGUGCCUGCUGUUUAUGUGGUUAAUGGAUAAGAAAGGCUUGCGGGCGUCCCUCCUCCUCUCCACACUGUUCAUGCUGCUCGGAUCAGCGCUGCGAAGCAUCCCGCUGACACAACAGCCUCUCAGACGAUGGUUGAUACACGGAGGUCAGCUCCUGAACGGUUUAGCCGGACCAACCAUCAUGAGCGCCGGCCCCUACCUCUCCACGACGUGGUUCGCUCCCGACCAGAGAGCCACCGCAACGGCCGUGGCCUCGCUCUUCUGCUACCUAGGGGGCGCCAUGUCGUUCGUGGUGGGACCCCUCGUGGUUCCGGCUCCCAACGACACGCAUGCGGGGACCACGGCGUCGGCGGCGGUCACCGACCGCUUCAUCCGAGAGAGGAUCCAGAUAGUUAUGUAUGCAGAGUUGGCUGCAAUCGCUGUGCUUUUUGCAGCGGUCCUGGUCUAUUUCCCGUCACGCCCACCGAUGCCUCCCAGCGUGGCUGCAGCGAGCCAGAGACUCAGCUACAGGAGCAGCAUCAGCAGACUUUUUAGCAACCUGCGGUUCCUGAUGAUAGCUCUGGCCUACGCAGUCCCCACAGGGGUGAUUGCCGGCUGGUCGGGAGUCCUCGACAUGGUCCUCACUCCAGCCAAAGUCAACCAGGUGGACGCAGGCUGGAUUGGUUUCUGGUCCACUGUCGGGGGAUGUGUGUUCGGAGUGGCGGUGGCCAGAUUUGCAGACUCUAUCCGCGGGAUGCUGAAGCUGAUCCUGGUGCUGAUGCUGGCAGGAGCCUCGCUGUCCUCCACCUGGUUCACGCUCACCUGUCUGAGCAGGGUCACCCACCUCCCCUCUAGUCCAGCCAUCCUGUACACGUCCUGCAUCCUGGUUGGCAUUUUUAUUAAUGGCAGCGUGCCGAUAUUCUUUGAGCUCUUCAUCGAGACGGUUUACCCGGUCCCUGAAGGCAUCACCUGUGGAGUCGUCACUUUCUUGGGGAACCUGGUCACUGGCCUGUUCCUCUUCUUCCUCACCCUUCACGCCGAAGAGUUGUCGUGGCUGAACUGGUGCCUGACCGGCUCCUGCCUCUUCAGCCUGGUGCUCAUCCUCUUCUUCAGGGAGUCCUACGACCGCCUCUACCUGGACGUCUUCGUCUCCGUGUGACACUGCUGACAAAGAAAAAACACAGGCCAACCUGAGGAGAGAAGAAGAGGAAGAAGAAGGAGAAGGAGAGGAGAAUUAUUCUUGCACAACGAAGAGGAGAAAAGGGAGGCGAAGGAGAAGUGGAAACCCCACGUUCUUUUUACGUGUAAUAUUUGUUUUUACCAUGUGAAUAUAUAUAUAUGUGUAUAUAUACAAAUAACCAUGGUGAUGGAUACCUGUUGUGUGGCCACUACAGCGAAGAAGGAUCCUACGUCAAUGUUUACUCUCCCGAUCCAUCGAUGCCAUGUGACUGUUUAACCCCAUUUUUUUUAUUUGUUUGUGUGUAAACAAACAAACUUUUGUAAAUGUUUUAUUCUCUGAACAACGCACAGUUUCACUAAUAUAAUAUUUAAAGCCUAACCCCUUCCCUAACGAGUGACUGGACUGACUCCAGCUCAGCAUCGAGUCUCCUGACGAGGAAGUGAAGAGCGACGACGGACAGCUUCUUCAGCCAAUCAGCAGGCCUGGCUGUGCUGAGUUGCUCCUGGUGUAUUUAAUGCUGCUAACCGCAGGCCUUGACUCACUGGGGAAAGCAAAACCAUCGCGACACUGUUAACUGACCUGUGAUAUUGCCUGUCACCGAGAGGCAGGUGCUUAUUAUGUUUUAUCGUGCUCUCGAGAUGAGUGUUAUGCAAAAAACUAUCCACCAGAUUGACGAUUGGACGCCGGCCAGAGACCUGGUCCGGCCACGGACUCGGCUUCGACCGAGCUCUUCACGUGGAAGGAGUCUUUUUAAAUGUUCGGGUUUUACUAGCGGCGCAGCCUAUUUAUAGCUAAUUGUGUCAAUUUCUUAGAGGUUAGUAUUUUAAUCCGACGUUCCAAUUAGUUUUUCACAGUUUUUAAUUUGAUUUGUUUUCCUUAACAGCGUGCCAGUAUUUAUUGGAAGUGUCUCAACGCUAACACAGUUAACACCCGGUUUCAGUGGAAACGGGAUGUUCGGCGACAGUUUUAACCGCAGAUGAGAUGAGAUGAGAUAAGAUGAGAUGAGGGAGCUUGUGUUGAUGUACAGACUUGAGGAUUGUGUUGUAAUUGCCCCUCUAUGAAGCAUCAGCAGGUGUUUUUUGCAGCAACUCAGAGGCCUGAAAAAAAAAAAACCUUAAGGGAAAAAAAAACAGCCUCAUAAUUGUAAAGAAACACAUCUCUGCAAAUGAGAAACAUCUGUCUCAAAGUUCUCUCUGACUUGGUCACAUUUGUUCUACUCUGCAGCAUGUUUAUGUCUUUCCUCUGGAGUUCAGUGAAGCUCUGUAACGUUGGUCUUUUUAUUUUAUUUUUUUGUCUGUUUGUCUCUUCUCCUUGUACAGAAACUGUUUACCUUUUUUUGGACGUGUCGCCUUAAUUGCUCCGUGCAGUGCGUUCAGCCUCCCUCUCUUCCACACUGUGACCAUUUUAUCCGUGGAGUUCGUAACAAAGGUCAUGUCCUGUUCUGUGGACGCGUUCAGGCCGAGUCCCAGUCAUUACUGCCCUUGUACCGUGGAAAAAAGAACUAACGUGACUGUCAAAUAUUUCCAGCACCUUAUUAAAAGUGAACAUUUUACAAAUAA